AUGGUGGGAGACAAGGCGAGAGGGGAGAUGAACGCUUUUCAGAGAAACGAAUCCAAGGAAACUUUGUUCACUUUUAUUUCUGCAGGAGAUGAUCCCCCCAAAGGAGAUUUCCCUCCUCAGAAAAAAUCCCCGAAACUUUGUGGCUCCAACUACCCCAUAAGCAUUGCCUUUAUUGUGGUGAACGAGUUCUGUGAGCGCUUCUCCUACUAUGGCAUGAGAGCUGUCCUGACACUGUAUUUUUUAAGCUUCUUCCACUGGGAUGAGAAUCUCUCCACUGCUGUGUACCAUGCCUUUUCUGCGCUGUGUUAUUUCACACCUGUCAUUGGAGCCAUUAUGGCAGACUCCUGGCUGGGGAAAUACAAGACCAUCAUCUACCUCUCCAUUGUGUAUGUGGUUGGCCAUCUGAUAAAGUCAGUCGGUGCAAUUCCAUCCCUAGGCAACCAGGCGGUUCAUGUGAUCCUGUCUAUGGUUGGUCUGUUUUUGAUCGCCCUUGGAACGGGAGGUAUCAAGCCCUGUGUCUCUGCAUUUGGUGGGGACCAGUUUGAAGAGGAACAUACCUCAGAGAGAAGCAAGUUUUUUUCCAUCUUCUAUUUAUCCAUUAAUGCUGGAAGUUUGAUCUCUACGUUUGUAACUCCUGUUCUAAGAGGGGAUGUGAAAUGUUUUGGAGAGGAUUGUUAUGCACUGGCUUUCGGUGUCCCAGCAGCACUAAUGGUGUUGGCACUGGUUGUGUUCAUUGCUGGAAGUGGACUGUACAGAAAAACACCACCACAAGGGAAUGUCUUACUGGAAGUGUGCAAAUGCAUUGGUUUUGCUAUUAAAAACCGGCUGAAAAACCGCUCUCGUCAGAUUCCAAAGAGGGAUCACUGGCUGGACUGGGCGUCAGAAAAAUACUCAAAGCAGCUGAUUGGGGAGGUUAAAAUGGUGACACGUGUUCUCUUCCUCUUCAUACCUCUGCCGAUGUUCUGGGCCCUGUUUGAUCAGCAGGGAUCCAGGUGGACUUUGCAAGCCACAAAAAUGAAUGCUGAUUUUGGAAUAUAUGUCCUUCAGCCUGACCAAAUGCAGUUCUUAAAUCCACUUCUUAUUCUUGUCUUCAUCCCAGUUUUUGACCUUGGGCUCUACCCCCUGAUAAACAUGUGCAAAUUUAAUUUCACACCUAUUAGGAAAAUGGCAACAGGUAUGAUCCUUGCAGGGAUGGCGUUCGGACUUGCAGCUAUUAUAGAAGUCAAAAUCAGUGAAACUGAUAUGCCUCGACUUGUCCCAGAAGAAAGUUUAAUUCGGGUCCUGAAUUUGGCAAAGGACUCUGUUCAAGUGACAAUCCAAGACCGGGAUCUCUUUCAGCAGCCUGUGGAAACUUUUCAGAACCCAGCUGAGUACUCAAAAUUAAUAUUGAAUGGAGAGCAACAGAACCUUCACUUCACCCUGCAACAUCAAGGAUUGUCUCUUCCUUUUAACUACACCGUGAAGGAAAAAUCAGUAUACAGCUUAAUUGUUUUUGAGGCAGAAGGAAGCCUAUCAAGCCACUUAAUUACAGACUUGGAAGCAAAGCCAGAAAAUGGUUUGGCAGCUGCUAGAUUCAUUAAUGGUUUGAGCCAAGAUGUUAACCUCACCAUUGACAGCAAACAGUUCAUUGCUGUUCAGAAGAACUACAGUGCUUCUCAGUACUUGCUUCUAGAGAGGGACAAGUAUAAUAAUGGAAAAUGCAUAACUGAAACAGGAGAAUUCACCCUGGAGCUAGGGCUGCUCGACUUCGGCGCCUCAUACACCAUUGUGAUAACUAACAUUUCUGGAGGUGCUGUUAAGACGUGGAAGUCAGAAGACAUCAAAGCCAACAAUGUCCAUAUGGCUUGGCAGUUACCACAGUACUUAUUAAUAUCUGCUGGGGAGGUGAUGUUCUCCAUUACAGGUCUGGCCUUCUCCUAUUCUCAGUCUCCAGCCAGCAUGAAGUCGGUGCUGCAGGCAGGCUGGCUGCUCACAGUGGCUGUUGGGAAUACUCUUGUGCUCGUUGUUGCACAGGCUGCACCAAUGGCACAGUGGGCUGAAUUUGUCUUGUUCACUGUUCUCCUCUUUGCUGUGUGCAUUGUUUUCUCCAUCAUGGGAUAUUUCUAUGUCAGUGUGGAUCCAGAGGACCUAGAAGAAAAGGAAGAGAAGAGAGAGACCUCAAGCAGAGGAAACAUGAUUAGUCUUGUUACUCAGAAAACAAAGCUCUAA